CUGUUCUGCAGGCUGGCAGCCAAGGAACUGUCGCAGCUGCAGCCAACGCUGCAGGCUGCUAACGUUCGGCUGCUGGCAGUGGGGCUGGAAGACGUUGGGCUGGACGACUUCCUGGCUGGCAACUACUUUGCUGGAGAAGUGGUAGUGGACAUCGACCAGCGUUGCUACAAAGCUCUUGGCUUCCGUAAAAUGAACAUCUUUAGUUUGGGUCCCGCCUUGCUGGCGAAAGUUGCCCGCGACGCCAUAUCCAAGGGCAAAGCGGCCGGCAUCAAGAACGACUUGAAAGGAGACGGCUUCCAGAACGGCGGUCUGAUUGUGGUUCCAGCGGGAGGGUCUAAAGUUCUCUACGAGUACCGCCAGGAGAACCCCGCUGACCACGCACCUAACAGCGACAUCCUGCAGGCUCUGGGUAUAUCAGAAGCAGCUGUCGUGCCCCCCGUGGCCGCCCCCGCCCCGUCACGGGCCGCUGAGUGCACCGACGUGUGCGGGAUGCCCGCUAAGUAGCCUGGCUCCUCGACUCAAUUUUUUAAAAUAUUUUCCUGUAUUUGCACUAGGCGCUUCUAGCGUUGUUGUUAUUCCUGAAAUAUUGCUUGUUGUUGUGUAUAGUUCGUGUGGUGCGUGAGGGAAUAUGUCUGCUGGACAAUCUACAUUAUCAAGAGAUUUUUUAGAUCAGAGAGGAAGUUUGUUGAAUGCGAUUAAAACAUGGUAAAAUAUGCGUGGGAACAGAAAUGAACGUUCACUGCUGCAGGAAAUAGAAAUAAUAACAUUUUUUUAGUAUAAUUAGCGAAAGUUUAUACCAUGGGUGGAUGGUUCGUCAAAAUUGAUCCCAAGUGCUAACAUUUUUUUUAGACUAAUUAGCGAAAGUUUAUACCAUGGGUGGAUGGUGCGUUGAAAUUGAUCCCAUCAGAGGGCAGGGUCGCCUUGCGCUGACCGUAAAGCAAAAUACAGCGAUAAUAUGGUAAUGAAUUUAUUUAAUCUAUGAAGUUUACUGUACAAGGAGAGUAUUGUGCGCUGCAGUUCGUACGUCUGGAAACUACCGUCGCUCAGUCUUAUUAUUAGUGUUUGCUAAACUUCGAACACUUGAACGUCUCCUGGGAAAUAGAAAUCAAUAAUUUUCUCAUAUAUGCAGAAGCUCUAUUAGGAAUGAUUUGGAUUGUUAUUUUUCGAUUUGUUUACCGUGAGCAUUUGCUAUUCAUGUGGCUUUAUUCCAGAUUAAUUUUCUUUACGAAAGACCUCCGUGAGGUUAUACACGGCAGCUAACCGUUUUCCAGAACUUACUAAAAAUGAAUUACUCGUCCUAUGAUAAAAUAAAUGUAUCAUUUAUGAACGUAAUGUGUGUUGAAUCUGGGUCGAUUUAAAAUAGUGUUCUAUUUCUGGAUUCUCACAUGAAGUUUUUCUGUAUCAAAAUUCUUGAAUAAUUCAGUGCCUUUAUCAAUUUUUUAUUUGUUCAAGUUUGCUGAUUUUUCCCGAUUCAUGUCUCCAUUGCUAGAAUAUGAAUAGAAUCAAGGGGGCAGUUAAUGUAAUUGCCGUCAUCAUUGAUAAGGUCAAGUGCGAUGCCGAGCGAGAGUGACAGCCACUCACUUGAGCUUCGUGAAGCUUAUGAAAUUCUUCAGAGAAAGGCCUGCCUGGCUUGAUGAAGAAUGGACGAUAGUAUUACUUCAUAAAGUUAAGUGAUCGACUCGAGGUUUCGUUCAGUAUCGCAUCCAUGACUAUUAUUUUAUUCUUAAAUCCGAGUUCUUCCGAUAGAAUAUAAUU